CCGAAAAAGGGCGUCCUCCUCCUCCUCCUCCUCCUCCUCCUCCUCAUGCUCGUCUCCCCGGAGGAAGGGGCGGUCUCAGCGCCACAGCAGAUCCGGAAUUAGCCCGUGUCCGCUCGGCUCCGCUCGGUCCGUCGCUCGGUCGGUCGGUCGGUUCGGUUCCAGCCGAGACGCAAACCGAAGCUUCAAACAGUGGAAAAGAAGAAGAAGAAGAAGAAGAAGAAGAAGUAGAAGGAGAAGGAGGAGAAGAAGGAGAGAAAGCGGCCGGACGGAAAGAGUGUGCGGAGGGAGGGACGAGGCGAGCGGGGCAGAAAAGAGGAAUAAAAAAGAAGAAGAAGAAGAAGAAGAGAAAAGUCGGAGCAGAAGGAGGAAAAGAUGCCGCUGGCUCAGCUGGCGGAUCCCUGGCAGAAGAUGCCCGUGGGGGGGACGGCUGGAGAGGAUGUGCACCAGGAUCCAGAGGACUCGGUGGGCGACGACGACUCCAUGCCCGCCUGCACCGAUGACGUGCCCAUCAAGGAGAUCAGCAUCACCCACCACGUGAAGGAGGGAUCGGAGAAGGCCGACCCGCGGCAGUUCGAGCUGAGGAAAGUCCUGGGACAAGGCUCCUUCGGCAAGGUGUUCCUGGUGAGGAAGAUCACUGGACCGGACGCUGGGCAGCUGUACGCCAUGAAGGUCCUGAAGAAGGCCACCCUGAAAGUACGUGACCGGGUCAGGACGAAGAUGGAGAGAGACAUCCUGGUGGAGGUCAACCAUCCCUUCAUCGUCAAGCUGCACUACGCGUUUCAGACGGAGGGGAAGCUCUACCUGAUCCUGGACUUCCUCCGAGGAGGAGAUCUCUUCACUCGGCUCUCCAAGGAGGUGAUGUUCACAGAGGAGGACGUGAAGUUCUACCUGGCCGAGCUCGCCCUGGCCCUCGACCACCUCCACGGCCUCGGCAUCAUUUACAGAGACCUCAAGCCCGAGAACAUCCUUCUGGACGAGGAGGGACACAUCAAGCUGACUGACUUUGGCCUCAGCAAGGAGUCGAUAGACCACGAGAACAAGGCCUACUCCUUCUGUGGGACGGUGGAGUACAUGGCCCCGGAGGUGGUGAACCGGCGAGGACACACCCAGAGCGCCGACUGGUGGUCGUACGGCGUCCUCAUGUUCGAGAUGCUGACGGGAACGCUGCCGUUUCAAGGCAAAGACCGGAAAGAGACGAUGACCAUGAUCCUCAAGGCCAAGCUGGGAAUGCCGCAGUUUCUGAGUUCGGAAGCUCAGAGUCUCCUCAGGAACCUUUUCAAACGCAACCCCGCCAACAGAUUAGGAGCCGGACCAGACGGCGUGGAGGAGAUCAAGAGGCAUCACUUCUUCAGCACCAUCGACUGGAAUAAACUGUACCGCCGUGAGAUCCCGCCUCCCUUCAAGCCGGCUGCAGGACGACCUGAUGACACGUUCUAUUUCGAUCCAGAGUUCACAGCGAAGACGCCCAGAGACUCGCCGGGGGUCCCUCCGAGUGCCAACGCCCAUCAGCUGUUCAGAGGAUUCAGCUUCGUGGCCAUAACGGAGGAGGAAACACAACCACUACCUAAUGCUAUCGUACAGCAACUUCACAGAAGCACGUCUCAGUUCUCGGAUGCCUACGAGAUCAAAGAGGACAUCGGAGUUGGAUCGUACUCCAUCUGCAAACGCUGCGUUCACAGCGGGACGGGCAUGGAGUACGCAGUCAAGAUCAUCAACAAGGCCAAGAGGGACCCGACGGAGGAGGUGGAGAUCCUGCUGAGAUACGGUCGACAUCCCAACAUCAUCACCCUCAAAGACGUGUACGAUGACGGCCGGUCGGUGUUCCUGGUGACGGAGCUGAUGAAGGGAGGCGAGCUGCUGGACAAGAUCCUCCGACAGAAGUUCUUCUCGGAGCGAGAGGCGAGCGCCGUCCUCUACACCAUCACCAAGACGGUGGAGUACCUGCACAUGCAAGGGGUGGUCCACAGAGACCUGAAGCCCAGCAACAUUCUGUACGUGGACGAGAGCGGGAACGCCGAGUCCAUCCGGAUCUGCGACUUCGGCUUCGCCAAGCAGCUGAGAGCGGAGAACGGGCUGCUCAUGACGCCGUGCUACACCGCCAACUUCGUCGCCCCCGAGGUGUUGAAGAAGCAGGGCUAUGACGCCGCCUGUGACAUCUGGAGUCUGGGGGUUCUGCUCUACACCAUGCUGACGGGCUUCACUCCUUUCGCCAACGGGCCGGAGGACACGCCGGAGGAGAUCCUGGCUCGCAUCGGCAGCGGGAAGUUCUCGCUCACCGGAGGAUACUGGAACUCCGUCUCCACCGAAGCCAAGGACCUGGUCUCUAAGAUGCUGCACGUGGACCCUCACCAGCGUCUGACGGCCGGCCAGGUCCUCCGGCACCCCUGGGUGACGCACCGGGACCAGCUGCCCAAAUACACCCUGAACAGACAGGACGCGCCUCACCUGGUCAAGGGGGCGAUGGCGGCCACCUACUCGGCCCUGAACAGGAACGUCCCUCCGGUUCUGGAGCCGGUGGGCUGCUCCACUCUGGCCCAGCGGCGGGGGGUGAAGAAGAUCACCUCCACCGCUCUGUGACCUCCUCCUCUUCCUCCUCCUCCUCCUCCUCCUCCUCCUCUUCCUCCUCCUGUCAACUCUGACCUCGAUCUGACCUCCAGCCGGACCUCCUUCCUCCCCUCGCUUCCCCCGCCGCCGCCCCCCGCCUCGGUCCGGCCGGACAGACUACUGAUGGACCCGGGAACCGCUAACGCCAAAUAGGAGACCGCCGCUUCCUUCCUGCCCCGCCCCCCUUGACCUCAACGGGCUCCUCUGAUUGGCUGCUGCCUCAGCGUCACUCAGCCGGACUGGAGGCUGCAAAAAAAGGACACUUGUCCCUAUUUUCUGCUUUGGACAAUCAGCGCCGCCUCGGACUGGGCCGCGCGUCAGGAAAAUAAAAGCACUGUAUUUAUUUCCUCUGGACUGCGGAGGAAUCAUAGGAACAAAAGGUAUGCAUCUAAAGAGCCUGGAUCUCCACCCUGUCGCCAUGGUUUCUGUGUAGCUGUAGGUCCUGCAUUUAAACCUCAAGUAGCCUCUGAGACGACGGCGUCUGCAGAACAGGACAGAAGGUCUGAGACGAGCCUCCUCGAGUUUCAGAUU